AUGGCAAUCCAGCAGCUACCCCUUUCCCAGGAGGCCCUGGCUCAGUUUAAUCUCACCCAGGUGACGGAACCAGGGGGGCUCCUAAGACGCCGGGGGGGCUCCAUCUCCACUCGCCGCAGCUCUCAGUCCGGGGAUCAGCACCAUCUCAAGUCCCUCCCACCACUGCUUCUGAAGGGCGCUGAAGGUAAUGUCCGGCCCCCUGGAACCUCCCGCCAGAACUCCAUCUUUAGCAACCCCAACUCCCCGUUCCUGCGGAGAGAAUCCCUCUCUCUGGGGAAACGCCUCUCUAUUGGAGCCUGGGCGCCUGGGGGGAGGGUCAGCUUCUCGGGGCUGCCUCUCGUGCAGCCGGCGCGGGAGAUCCGGGUAGAGAACACCUACAGGACCCAGCCAGACGAGGGCUGCUUUUUCAAUGUGAGCCAGGUCCAGCGGGUCCUGCAGGCCACCCUUGAGAACUACCUGAGCGAGGGCCACUACAACCCGGCCACCUGCGGCCGGCUGAGCCAGAACCUGUCGGACCUGAUGCGGGUCAAAACCAGGGAAAUCACCCCUCCACGCUACAAGCUGGUCUGCCUAGUCGUUCUGGGCCAGCACGGUAACCAGGGCCUCCAGAUCGCCAGCCGGUGCCUCUGGGACACCAAGAGCGACAACUGCGCUGUCGCUGUUUUCCAAAACUCUUCCCUUUUCGCGGUGGCUAUGGUCCAUGGGGUGUACUGUGAGUGA